ACAGUUUGUACUGAUCAUUUAUUUAGCAUCACUAUGAAACUUUACAAAUAAUCAUCAUAUAAUUCUUGCAGUUCUCAUCUUCAUUUGCAAUAUGAAAAUGACAUCCAUAACGGAGAACAGGGACAUUAUGGUGCAAAAAAAUUUGUCAGAAUGGUGGAGCAAAGAAACCGAAUACAUUUUCCAGAGAAUUGAGAGAUGGGCGGCCUUUGCACGUGGUUACAAUCGUUUUCAAUCGCAAAGGUGGUUCAAGACUCAGCAAAUAAUUCAAAAUAACUGGAACAUGUUUUCCAACGAAACUCCGACACAACUGCAUAGUCUCAAACAAUCCAAAUGGAAAUUGUCUCCGGAGGAGAUUAAAAUAAACUGCUGCGGUACUUUCAAUUAUCAAUCAAACAGUAAGCUGGACAGCAACUGUUUAGAAACAUACCAGUAUGACCAUAGCAUCUACUUCAAGACUAUCGGGGAUAUUAUAAAUGAUAAGAGACAUCAAAAUCAGAAUUAGGACGAUGCAUUUAUCAGCAGCGAUGAGUAAAUUGAGAGGGAUGCUAUAGAACUCACCGAACCGAUUUCUAAUAAAUCAUUUUACAAAGAAAUCAAUAAUGUUUCAAAUACUGUUGUUGAACAGAGCAGAGCGACGUAAAAUAUCUGGCCAAUCGUGUAUCUACUCAAAUUUAACCCGAAUCUGAUAAAUUAUCGAAGAACAGACAAGUGGCUCUCUCGUUUGGCUGAAGGUAAUCAUAGACGAGAUAGAAGGCAAAUGAAGAACAAUAAUAUAAUAUCUUUAGAUAAUUUAGUGAAUAAAAUGGAUAAGGCAGAUCAAAAAGAUGAUAUAAACUAUUUAAAGAAUCAGGAAAGAAGCACUUUUCGGUCGUUCCAAAAAAAAUUAACGAUCUUCCAUGAAUCCGUGGGGAUUAUCAAUUGUCAAUGAAAACAACGUUGUUCGGGAGUUCUUUUAAAUUAGGUACACUAAUAAUUUCGUUGUAGCCAGCAACUCUUCAAAAGAUCAAUAAAAGUAAAAAACGUCGAGCGGAAAAAUUUGCAUAUAUAUAUAU